AUGACCAACAAUAAGAACACCAACAACAAACAAAAGAAGACUACCAAAAAGAAGAAGGGAAUUUCAUUAGAUGACUUUUACAAAUCGGCCAGUGCAGAAAAAUUGCAAAAUAAUAGGAAAAUUAUUAAUCAUCAAUUUAUUCCAAUUGAGUUCCGAUCUGAUGAGGAGUAUAUUCUAAAAUGUGUGGCCAAGAAUUGGGCAAUUCUUCGCUAUGCAUCUGAUGAGUUGACUACUUCCAAGGAAUUUAUGAUGAAAUGUGUUAAAAUUUCUGGUCAAUCAUUUAGUUAUGCUUCUAGUCAACUGAGAAAUGACAAGGAAUUGGUUAUGGAAGUGAUUAAACAAGGAAGGGAGAACUUGUAUUAUAUUUCACAGGAAUUGAGAAGUGAUAGACAAGUCGUUUACGAAGCUGCUAUUCGAAACGAGAGUGCACUUUUUUAUGCCUCUACUGAGCUACGAAAUGAUAAAGAGUUUGUGAAAGAUCUUGUGAGAUUGAACGGUUUAAUACUUGAAUAUGCCUCUGAUGAGCUACGUAAUGAUAGAGAGGUGGUUAUUAAUGCCAUUUCACAGAAUGGACUAGCUCUAAAAUUUGCAUCCAAUCUGUUGAAGAGUCAGGAUGAUAUUGUUGAGCUAGCUUUCAGUCAAAACAAGUUGGCUUAUCAAUUUGCAUAUCCACCAAGAAAAGCAACAGAUUUUUUCACAAGUGAUGAAUUGAAAAAUGAUAGAAAUGUUGCAUUGCAAGUGGUUGCCCUGGAUGGUCUUUUACUUGGUCAAUUGAACGAUAAUUUUAGGAAUGAUAGAGAAAUUGUGUUGAAAGCUGUUGAAAAUAAUGGAAUGGCAUUGAAUUUUGCUUCUGAAGAUUUGAGAAAUGACAAGUCAAUCAUUCUGGAAGCUGUCAAAAUUAGACAGAAUGAAAUUGGCAGGAAACCAAUUGCUGCGUAUGAGGUUGAUCAAGCUAAACCUUUUGAAUUAGUUUCAGAUGAGUUAAAGAGUGAUAAGCACUUUAUUUUACAAGUCAUUCAAAACAAUCCUCACACAUUUAAAUAUGUCUCCAAUGAAUUGAAAUGUGACACUGAAUUCAUUUUACAAGCUUUCAAGCAACAUUCUUACAAAAUCAUGCACUAUAUUUCCAAAGAUCUUCGUCAAGAAAGUACAUUCCAAUUGAAACUCAUUCGUGAUACUCUUGAAGCAUUAGGAUACAUACCUGAAGGAAUCACCAAUAAGGAAGUAGUUUUAAAAGCCAUUGAAAAAGAUGGAAGAGCUUUGAAAUGGGCUUCUUAUGAGUGGCAGAAUGAUAAGCAAGUGGUACUAAUGGCCAUCAGAAGAAAUGGCUAUGCUAUCAAAUAUGCUAGUGAAAUAUUACAAAAAGAACGUGAUUUGAUUUUGGAAGCUGUAAAGCAGAAUGGAUAUUGCAGAGAAUUUUCAACGGAAUUACUAGAUGAAAGAAUGAAAUAUUGCUAUCCAGAUUUGUAG